UUGAAAUAUGGUGGUCUGGCCCAAACUUUCUAAAAUGUGAAGAGUUUGGAUGGCCCACUAUGCCUCAAGUACCAUACGAAAAUAUAAUCGAAAUUAAAUCUGUUCCAUUAGCUGUAUCCGAGCCAAUAAUUAAUUUUGAUCGGUAUUCUAAAUUAACUAAAAUACAACGAACAUUCGCUUAUGUAAAGCGCUUUAUUUACAAUUUAAAAAAUCCUUCUCAAAGGAGAAUAGGCAGUUUAUCUGUAGAUGAAUUAAAUGAUUCGUUUAAUGGCUUAUGCUGUAUUGCUCAAAAGGAAUUAUUUUUUACUGAAUUUAAAUUAUUAAAAAUGAAUAGUCCAUUGAAACAUAAUUCUAAGUUGCUGUGUUUAUCUCCAUUUAUUGAUCAAAAUAACUUAAUUAGAGUGGGAGGCAGAAUAGAGUCCUCGCAAUAUACUUUCGAAAACAAGCACCCUAUAGUGCUUGACGCGUCUCAUUACUUGACCAAAUUAAUAUUUGAAUAUCAGCAUUUGCAGAAUUUUCAUGCUGGGCCACAGUUGCUUUUAGCGUCAGUACGGCAGUCGGUGUGGCCAAUCAAUGGCCGUCGAUUGGCUCGUCAGGUAGUGCGUCGAUGUGUUCGGUGUCGACGUGCGCAAGGUAAAACGCUGCAACCAAAAAUGGGGAAUCUGCCCCCAGAGCGACUCAAUCCUGACUAUCCUUUCAUUUCCGUAGGACUGGAUUUUGCUGGACCUUUUUAUAUUCUUAAUCGCAAAGGACGUGGCGCAAAAUUGAUUAAAUGUUAUAUGUGUAUUUUUGUGUGCAUGAGAUUUAAAUGUAUUCAUUUAGAAAUCGUUAGUGAUUUGUCCAAAAAUGCCUUUAUGAUGACGUUACGAAGAUUCGUAGCGCGACGCGGAAGGCCAGCAGAGAUAUUUUGUGAUAAUGGCCGCAAUUUCGUUGCUGCUGCUAAAGAGUUAAGUAUAUUUCUAAAACAAAAUUCCGAUUCUAUUUCUGAUUCUGCAUCUCAGGACGGUAUUAAAUUCAUUUUCUCACCGUGCUAUGCUCCUCACUUUGGUGGAAUAUGGGAAGCUGGCGUUAAAUCUGCCAAGCAUCACAUAGUUAGAAUACUAGGAAAUAGUCAUUUAACUUUUGAAGAAUUGUAUACUUUGUUUGUGCAAGUGGAGGCGAUUCUAAACAGUCGACCGCUAUGUCCCUUGUCCUCCUCACCCAAUGACCUUCUUUUCCUUUCCCCAGGGCACUUCUUAAUUGGAAGACAGUUGACAUCCAUGCCGACCCCAAAUCUGACUGACUGCAAUGAAAGUCAUCUUCAGCGAUAUGCCAGAGUAGAAAAACUUCGUCAACAUUUUUGGACAAGAUGGCAAAAGGAGUAUAUAUCCGAAAUGCAGCAGCGCCGAAAAUGGAAGGAAAAUCAUGUCAGCUUGAAAGUUGGUGAUCUUGUAUUGAUACAUGAAGAUUUCGUACCUCCCUUAGUUUGGAGGCUUGGCAGAGUCACACGCUUAUUCCCGGGUGUCGACGGAAUAUCGCGAGUUGCAGAUAUCGCCACUACACGGGGUAUUGUAAGAAGGCCUCUAGUUCGCCUUUGUCCAUUGCAAGAUGAAGACACCAACGGUUGAAGGAAAGAGCAAGAUGAAGACACCAACGGUUGAAAGAAGGAGCUUUCAACGGGGGCCAGGAUGUUGCAGCGCCUAAAUCUUUUAAUGUUAAUUUAG